AUGAUGCUCUCACAGGCAAUGCAUCAGUACGCACCUAGUCCACAUUUCCAGUCGCUACCUUCGUCAAACGGGGACGCAAUGAUGAACGAGGGACCGGUUGGGAUGUCCCAUCAGUCUUCUGUAUCUUCAUCGGCAUCAUCUUCUCAUAAAUCAUCUUCAAAACAGAUGAACCAGAUAACGCCCGGCCCGAUCCGGAGGAGGAUUAGUAGGGCCUGCGACCAGUGUAACCAGCUCCGCACAAAGUGCGAUGGGAAACUGCCGUGUCAGCAUUGUGUCGAUUUCACACUAAAGUGCGAGUAUGCGCGCGAGCGCAAGAAGCGAGGUAAAGCUUCUCGAAAGGAUAUCCAGCAGCAACAGGCUGCGGCCGCUGCAGCAGCGCAACAGAUGGACAAUUCCUCGCCAACGGACAUGCGUCGGGCGUCUUCCGACCUGCCGCCGCCGCCCCGGCCUGGUAGCAGCAACGUUCGCAAGCAAUCGUCAUCCGCGGCAAGCACUAGAACGUCGCUCGGUGAUCUCCACGACAUGUCGCAGCAUCAAAUGCACCACCACCACCUCCCCCCACAGCAACAACAUCACCACCACCACCUUCCCACUCCUGAAUCCCCAUCACUACAACUGUCGCACGAUGGCGUUCCCUCGGGUAUGCCCAUGCAUUUCGAUCGUAUGUCCCCAUUCCAACAUCAAUCGCCGAACGGCGCCGGGGCGCCAUCACGAAUGAUGCCGGGGCAGUCGGCGCAUGGGGGUAUAUCGCAGCCAGGGUCUGCCACGGCGAAUGGAUUUCCGGUGAAUGAGUUUGUGCUAUCACCCCAGGGUCACCCGAGUCACGCGAUGAAUUUUCAACAGAGUGCUGCGUCACCAUUGUCAGGGUUUUUGGGUGGGCACUCGCCUGAGGAUGGAUCGCCGUCAUGGCUCUCUAUGCCCUCGCCUCCGACGCAGUCAUAUUCAGCUGGUAUAAGGUAUCCGGUCUUGUUGCCGCUACUACCACACAUAACACAGAUUAUCCCACCAUUGCUUGCGUGUGACCUGUUGGAUCUGUACUUUACGAAUCCUACGACUGCGUUCUUCCAGCCAGCUUCCCCAUAUGUGCUAACCCAUAUCUUCCGGAAGCGCUCGUUCCUCCACCCCCACAACCCACGACAGACCUCCCCCGCUCUCCUUUGCGCCAUGCUCUGGGUCGCUGCACAGACAUGCGAUGCCCCUUUCCUCGCUGCCUCCCCUGCUGCACGAGGAAGAGUGUGCCAGAAGCUUCUUGAGAUAUGCAUUAGCCUUCUUCGGCCGCUUGUACAUGUCAACUUGACACAGCCUGCACCCCACGGACACCACCCCUCUGGAGAAUCUGAGAACGGCUCCGCAGGUGUUGGCCUUGGUGGACUUGGAGGUGCACCUGGCGGUGGCCGGGAAGGUGUAGGUGCGGCGGGAACCCUGGACGAUGUGCUCACAUAUGCGCAUCUCGGUAUUGUGAUUUCAGCGAGCGAAUUCAAGAGCGCAUCACUACGAUGGUGGCACUCAGCAUGGACACUGGCGAGGGAAUUGAAGCUGAACCGCGAACUCCCCGCCGAAAGUCUGGUUGACCAGAUGGGCGAGGACGACAUGGAUGGGCAUCACUCGCCCUCUGAUACAGGCCCGGGAAGCGUCCACUCACAUCACACGGUCAGCAAUGGCCGCAUGUCUGUCAGCGAGGAGGAUAAGGAGGAGCGCAGGCGGACAUGGUGGCUGCUCUAUGUGGUAGAUCGCCACCUUGCUCUAUGCUACAACCGCCCCAUUGCGCUCUUAGAUGUAGAGUGCGAGAACCUUUUACCUGCCUAUGGACGAUAUUGCUUGGCAGAAUGGAGACUUUUAUACUCACGACCCUCACAACAUGUACGCGCAGCACCCGUCCUCUCCGUCACAUAG